GUUUGGAAUUCCAACAUGGCAGAGGCUGUGGUCAGUCUUCCCCUCACUAACUUGGAAUGGUUUCAAAUCGUGAGCAGCCGCGCUUAACCUCAGCGAGCCAUUCAUCUGCGCACUGCCCGGAUCGAUGGUACUAUAAACCCUGACGCUGCCCUGGCACCUAACACAGGUCUAAAGAUGCAGUGGACCCCAGAGCACACACAAUGGGCAGAACAACACUUUGACAUCUCAUCCACUACCCGCUCUCCAGCACACAAAGUAGAGGCCUACCGGGGGCACUUACAGCGAACAUACCAGUAUGCGUGGGCAAACGAUGACAUCUCUGCACUGACUGCCUCCAAUCUGCUUAAGAAAUAUGCAGAGAAGUACUCUGGGAUCCUAGAGGGCCCAAAUGAGAGAGCCCUGCUGUGUUCCUACUCUGAUAGCACCACUGGACUCAUGAAUGGAAGAAAGUCAGAGAAUGAGUCCUGGCAGGAGGGGAUUUACCCAAUGAACUGUGCUCCAGAUGUUAUAUCUGUGAGCAAAGCUGGAAUGACAGCUGCCCUACCCCCUACAGAUGUGUCGGCUAGCAUAGGCAGCUCCCCAGGGGUGGCCAGCAGCUUGUCUGAGCCCAGCUACUCCAGCAGUAACUGUGGGAGCCACACAGCAACUACUCUCCACUCGGGCCUCCCCUCUCAGGAAUAUACUGCCAGCUACAACGGCUCUUACCUGCAUUCAAGCUACAGUGGCCAGAGUACCCCGGCUCUCCCCUCCCCCCACCCCUCUCCUUUGCACAGUGCUGGGCUCUUACAACCACCGCCCCCACCGCCUCCCCCUGCCUUAGUGCCGAGCUACAACGCCGGGUCUCCCAACUACAAUUAUCCUCCAACAGGGUAUCCUUCUCAGACUGCAAUUGGCCCUGGUUACAGCCCUGGGGGAGCACCCCCUUCUGCGUAUCUGCCAUCCGGUAUUGCAGCUCCUACACCAAUCCCUCCCUCCACACUGCCCGGCUACACCUACCAGUCCCAUAAUCAUACACCAAUUGCACCAACACCGUUAAAUGGCAGCACAUCAAGCUCAUUAAAAAGAAAAGCUUUCUACAUGAGUGGACAUGGAGAUAUGGACUCUAGCUAUGGUAAUUUCAACUACAACCAACAGCGCUCUUCACAGAGUCCAAUGUACAGAACAACAGAUAGUGUCUCAGAUAGAGGCAAUGGCUUUGACAGAAAUGGAGAUGCAUCGUCUUUAGCUUUUAAGCCAACCAAACAGCCAAUGUCUUCUGAUCAACAAAGGAAAUUUAUUUUACACUCUGGCAGAGCACUAACUCCUCCAAACUAUGGAUCAACCAAAAGCUCUGUGGGUGAUCUGAGAACUGGUGAACCCUACAGCAAGUUUGGAUCGCCAAUCAUGAGCGAGCAAACUGAAGAGCACAGACAGCACCUCUCUCACUCCCUAACAGGGCCCGACAUUGGUACGGCUACCUCGUCCAUCCAUGCUGCAGAGGAACAAUUGAAGAACAGUGACUCCAACCUGGUGGAGAUGGUAACCACAGAAAUCCUUCAGCAGGGCCCUCCAGUGGACUGGAGCGACAUCGCAGGUCUGGAUAUGGCCAAAGCAGCCAUCAAAGAGGAGAUACUGUGGCCCAUUUUAAGGCCAGAUAUGUUUAGCGGACUUGCCACAUUACCUCGGAGCCUCCUUUUAUUCGGACCUCAGGGAACUGGUAGAACGCUGUUGGCCCACUGCAUGGCAACCCAAAUGGGGGCGGCCUUGUUGCAACUUAGCAGUUCUGCUCUGGUAACCAAGUGGCUCGGGGAGGGGGAAAAGAUCAUCCAAGCUUCUUUCCUAGUGGCACGGUGUCGCCAGCCAUCGGUGGUGUUCAUCAGAGAGGUGGACCUGCUGCUAUCAGCUCAGGUCAGUGAGGAUAGCCCAGUGAAUCGCCUCAAGGCUGAGCUCCUCAUGCAGCUUGACAGUAUUCUGACCUCUGCUGAGGACCAUGUCCUCGUGGUUUGCUCCACCAAUAAGCCUGAAGAGAUCCCUGAGUCCCUACGGAGGUACUUUGCCAAGCGACUGCUCAUCCCCUUGCCUGAUGGGACAGCACGACAUCAGAUAAUCAGCCAACUGCUCUCACAGCACAACUACUGUCUUAGUGAUAAAGAAAUGUCACUACUGGUUCAGAGGACAGAGGGCUUUUCCGGACUGGUUGUGGCUCAGCUGUGUCAGGAGGCUGUGGUAGGUCCUCUUCACGGCAUUCCUGGUACUGAUCUGUCAACCCUCCACCCAACUCAGAUGAGACCAGUCUCAUACCAAGACUUUGACAGUGUGUUUUGCAAAUUCCAGCCCAGCAUAUCACAAAAGGAACUUGACAUGUACACUGAGUGGAACAAAAUGUUUGGUUGUAGUCAAUGAAAGAGAGACAUUGAACAUCUUUUCUCAGUA